UAUAAAAUAAAUCAAUGCGAUUUAUAAUUUUUUUACCACGAGUUUGAUGAACUAAGGAAAGACGUGCACGUUGGGAGGAGUAUUAUUGAACGAAUUUAGUGAAUUUAUAUUUGAUAACAGAAGUGAAAAGGAAAACUAUGAAAAUGCGUUCAGUUGCGUUAGUUAUUGUUAUCACCGUGAAGUAUAUGUUAAACACAGACGGGUAUCCUAUAGAUAACGGAAAGGCGAAUAGGUCAAGAGAAUCAACUAACAUUAGUUCAACGAUUAAAUUAAAUACCGUAGAAAUUAUGCGAGAUAAGGUUGCCAAGUUAACAAGGACUACGCAAACUACUAGCGAUAUUCAUGCAGAUAAUACCGGUAGUCUUGGUAAGGUACAUAAAUAUAUACCGGUAAAUAGUAAAAUAAGCAACGGGUUUUAUAGUGUUGAUGACAUAUUUGAAAAACGCGGUCUAAACCCCACAAAUAGUAGUUCUGAUAAAGGCUCGAAGGAAAAACGUUAUAAACUUUUUUUAAAUGAUGUCGAGAAUAACGAACUGCAUGAAAAGACGAAUUCAGAAAAUAUAGUAAGUUCUUAUGCAGAAGAAGUAUUCUCAGAAAGUGAAGUGGAUAUAUCAGAGAAAAAUUCAAAUGAUGACCGGAACAGUGGUGCCGCCGGUAACUAUGAUACGAAUACAGAUGAAGGAGACGACGUGCAAAAUGACGAUACUGCAGGGGUUGAGAAACCCAGAGUGGAGAUACGGGUGUCCGUGAUGAAGAGGUCAGGACGAUUCUGGGAGCCUUGGGAACUCAACAACAAUGUAUGUCCACCGUCUUUGUGCACAUCGAACGACGAGAAUGUCAGACCACGUGGAACAGGUGGUUCCGUCUUCUACAACGGCGACAUAGUGCUAGAUUCGGAGUCCUCGAAGAUCAUAUUUUCGAAUGAUAUUAUGUUGCCAUAUCGACGGAAACGCGCCACCAUGCGGAGCUCGAGGACGUGGAUAGGUGGCGUAGUGCCAUAUGUGUUUGCAGACGACAUUAACCCAAAAUCCAAAAGAAUUAUAAAUAAGGCCAUGAAAGAGAUUGAGAACAAAACAUGCAUCAAUUUCCGGUCUAAGAAAGGAAAAGAUUCCGACUACAUCCGCUUUAUAAGCGAGCCAGGAUGCUGGUCGAGCGUAGGCAAGGUAGGUGGGGAACAGAAGGUGUCGAUAGGUCUCGGAUGCGAGCGUCUCGGUACAGCCAUACACGAGAUCUCGCAUGCUUUGGGAUUCUGGCACGAGCAGGCCCGACCCGAUCGCGAUGGUUACGUUAAGAUACUGGAGGAGAACAUAUCCCCGCGGUACCUACCAGACUUCCGGAAAGCAGAUCCGGCACUCGUCUCUAGUCGGGGAUAUCCGUACGAUUACGAGAGUGUCAUGCACUAUAGCGAGAGGGCGUUCACGAAUCUAGGGGAGAAAACUAUCGAGGUCAUCGGAGUGGGACAGAAACUGAAGAUGAAGAUUGGACAGCGAGACGAGCUAAGCAAUAUUGACAUCGCGCAACUCAGGGACAUGUAUCACUGCAACGAUAAGAAGGACGAUAAUGACACAUAUUGUCCGGACGGAUGGCAGAAACACGGCCGAAGCUGCUACCGUUUCGAGGCGAAAAUGGCCGAACAGUUCUCCGGAGCGGCCCGAUAUUGCGAAGGAUUGAAAUCAAAACUUCUCCAUAUAAAUGACGAACGAGAGGACCUUUACAUACAGCGGACAUUGAAAAAGAAAUAUAAGGGAGUGAAAGUCUGGCGUACCGGUGGUCGCUCGUAUAACGGCACGUUCCAAUGGCACAACGGCGACGCUCAGAUGCCUGACGACAUGACGUACACCAAGUGGGAAAAGGGUCACCCAGCCACCUAUAGCUCCUUGGCGCUCGUCUAUGACCGAAAGAAUGACAGUAUCCGGUGGCAAGGGGUGUGGUUGGGGUCGCAGUCGCAACUUCCGGAACAUGCGUACCCAUUCAUUUGUGAGCGGCGAGCUAGAAGAAAGUGUAUAAAAGGACAGUACACGGACGGAAGGGACUACCGUGGGACGCUUGACCACACGGUGGACGGCCAUACGUGCCAGAAGUGGACCUCGAGGUACCCACAUGACCACAACUUGCUUCCGUACCAGAACACCAUAGAACCCGUAGAAAACAAAGACGGAUUAGGUGAUCACAACUUCUGUAGAAAUCCAUCAAACAGACGAAGAAGUCGACCCUGGUGUUACACGACCAAGAAAAACUACACGUGGCAAUAUUGUGACGUUAGCGUCUGUUCGAAGAAACUACAGGCAGAUGACAAUGUUGUUGUUAAAAAUAAAAUUUUGGAAACCAUUAGAUCAGAUACAAACAAUAAUAAUUACUCAAUUAAUACUUCAAACAAGCGACACGAUAACGUUAAAAACGACAAAAAUGAUAAUAAUGGCUCGAAACGGAAACAUACUAAAUUAUUAAAGGGAGGCAACUCAUGAUAAUAGGAAAAUUGUCACAAUAGAGUUACAUUGCCUGCUUAUCACUCGUUGAAAUAGGCUGUUACCUGCAGAUGUGGUUUUUAUCUCUCGCGCAUUUGCAGGUAACAAGCUCCUUUUAACGAAAUUAACCCGGUCUCUAAAGAUGAGAUAGCACUGUUAUUGUCUGGCAAGACCUGGUAGUGAUGAUAUCAGAACUUUAUGGUGACCAGGCAAAUCAUAUUUUGUGCCAUGAAUAUCAUGCGAGAUAGGAAAAUGUCUUGUUUCGUGUUAAACGACCUACUCUACAUGUACGUAUGCACAUACCUUAACAUAGUUAAGUGAGAUUAUCAGAUACGUCUCAAUGUCCCAAAAUACUUACGCAGCAAUGUUUGUAUAUAUCGUUUUACAGUUAUAGAAUCAUUAACACUUUACUCAAUAAAUAAAUAUAAAUCAAUACCAUGAAUACACUUCUAAAAUAACGGUUUUGGUCAGGGUACCUGACUCGAGCGUAUUAUUACGUAUUAUAGAGAUGUAAUAACGCAUUAUACAAAUACGCAUUCCAGAUAAAAAGGAAAAAAAGACAAAAUGCUUAAACAACAAAUUAACAGCUUUGAAUAAAUACAUACUUAUGUUAUGAGUGUUUUCUUUAAAAUUAACAAGUGUGAUAUUUAAAGUAUUAUGUAUAUGAUAUGAGCACAUACGGCAUAAUCGUAAAUACCAACAUUUCGUUUGUUAUAUUUUAUAUUGUCAUCUACCUGUGCACUCGACCAGUCCUGAAUGUAAUCUGCUAUGCCGUCAUGUUUAUGUUUCGUUGUCAUUAUGUACAUAUGUGUGUUGUUAUUUGCGUUAAAUAAAAGUAAAUGCGUG